AGCCCUAUGUGUCCCUAAGCUGAGAAGCCCCCUUGGCCCCGCUCGCCAUGAACACCGAGGAGCAGUAUUACGCCUCGGCGCAGCUCUACAAGGAGUCGUGUGCGUUUCAGAGAGCCCAAGCGCAGGACUACAGCCCCAGCCCCCCCGCCUGCCUGUACAUGGGCAGGCAGCAACAGACUCCUUAUUCCAGCGCCUUAGGGGCUCUCGAGCAAGGCAGCCCGCCAGACAUUUCACCUUACGAGGUGCCUCCCAUCACUGAGGAUGCCGGGGUCUCCCACCUUCAUCACCAUCACCACCACCCCCCUCAUCUUCCUCCUCCCCACCAGGACGCGCUGCCUUUCGCAGACGGGGCGGACACGGGGGCAAUAGAGGAGCCCCGAGUGCAGGUGCCUUUCGCUUGGAUGAAGUCCACCAAAUCGCACGCCUGGAAGGGACAGUGGACCGGGGGAUCCUACGUGGUGGAACCGGAGGAGAACAAGCGGACGAGGACGGCGUACACGCGGGCGCAGCUGCUGGAGCUGGAGAAGGAGUUUCUCUUCAACAAGUACAUCUCCAGGCCGCGGCGGGUGGAGCUGGCCGUCAUGUUGAACUUGACCGAGAGGCACAUCAAGAUCUGGUUCCAGAACCGGCGCAUGAAGUGGAAGAAAGAAGAAGACAAAAAGCGAGGGGCGGGCAACAGCAAUGACCCCGAGCAAGACUGCGUGGUGUCCUCCGGGGAGCUCCAGACCAAGGAGGAUCUCCAGGCAUGCCCCGCCGGGAACCUUCCCUCGGGAACCUCCAGGGACCUUCUUGCGCCCAGUUUAGUCUCCAGAAGGCCGCAGGACUCUCGGUGAGCCGCGGGGAGCCCCACGGCCCGGGACGAGGAAAAGCAUGGGACAUGGAAAAGAGCCGAGAGGCUGGCGCCAGCUUCCCUCCACCGUGCCGUGCCGUGCCGGGCCGUGCCGGGCCGACCCACUCGCACCUUCCCCCGGGAAAACGUGGUGCCUCCACUCCGAAAGUCGUGUUCUCCGAAAAGUAAAUGUAAGAUGUUCAGCUGUGCCAAGGAGAGGCUCGCUGUGGGCGCCAGCGCCGGAGGAGGCCACAGGGAGCCGCCUGGAUGGCGGCGAGCUGGGCCGCGCUCCCCAGGGCCGCCCGCGCCUCAGCGAGCCCUGCGGGACAGCUUCCCUAGGGGCAGGCGGGUCUCGGGUGGCCACCGACAGUGUGUGCCACCCUGGGUGCACGGACAGGUCUGGAGACCGGAGGAGAAGCGAGCGCACGCUGCCUUUCUUGCCGCGGACAGCUGCGUCCGUGGGUCCACAAGCGCGGACACGGACCCGAGCAUCCCGGACCGUCCACGGGCUGGCACGCCGCCGUUCCCGUCCCUUCCAGCCGCCCAGGGCAUGGCUCUACCGAGGACUCUCUCAGGACUGUUACUUACUUCUGUGGAAACUGGAACCUGGUUUCUUUCGUUUUCUUUUGCUUUUGGGAAAGAAAGAUGGAGAGAAAGGAAAAAAAAAAAAAAGAAAAAAAUUAAAGAAUCAAAAAAAAAGAAAAAGCCCACGUGUCCUGCGGGUAGGAUUUGUCUCCCCCGAUGAGCGGCACAGGUAGCCAGAGCCUCCUCCGGGCUCCGCCAGCGGCUUCGGGGACCCUGCGCUGCUGCCCGCGGCUCUGUCUGGGCUCCGGGGGCUCCGCGGCUCCAGGACUGCGCCCGCCUCUUCGGGGGGUGAAUGCGAGCCCAGGGAUGCAAUACAAAAAGUCGCGGGUGCUCCCCGGGCAGCGAGCAGACAGUGUGAGAUAUCUGGAACAGGGCUUGUCCCAGGGACGUUGUCCUUUGGGAAAAAGCUCCUGCCUCUCUUCCUUCCAACUCUUUCGCAAGCUCGGACUCUGCCUAGGAGAGGAGAAACCUCUCUGCAGCGUGAGCUCCCGUCCCUGCGUGGUUUUUCUCUGCAGACCUGUUUUUAACCCCAGCAGAGGAGGGGGGGCCGGCUGCCUCCCGAGGCACUGCACAGCACCGGGGACUUCUCCUGGCUGCUGUUUUUCGGCCCGGGCCGGAGCUCGAUCCCUCCGGGCUGGAGCGGGGAGAGCCCGUCCCUGCGGGAAGAUGGGCAGCGGAGUCCGUGCCCGCCGCCCCGGGCCCAGCCCGCCUUCCCCGCCUCUGGGAACAGCUUCCCCGUCCCGACAACGGCGGGGACUCCAGCUCGGUGGGGAACAAAUCACAGCCGAACUAGAAAAAGAAAACAAGAGUUGGAAGGAAACAGGAACCGUCCCGUUUGCUGUCGGUCUGGCGGAUCUGCCUCUUUCCUCGACGGGAAGGUUCCUGUCCUGUACCUGGCAGCAGCAACCCCUCGAGCAUCCCUC